AUGACGUUGCCACCCAAGGGCAGACAGCCGGAGCCGCGGCUGUCUGGUAAGUCCGCUGCUUUCCAUUUCCAGAAGGCGACCUGGUUCUGCAGGGCGAGUCUGGGUGAAGGAUGCAGGUUGUUUGCAGUUCUGUUGCUGGUUUGCCAGUGGUCUGCAGACGCAGCAGGGAUCAAAACUUCAGCUGUUGGAUCCUCAGUGCUGCUAAUUGCACCAGACAGCAUAAAGGAUGUGAACUAUAUACAAUGGGAAUAUAUUCAUGGUUCCUCAACCCACUUUAUUGUGCAGUACUAUAAGGAUUCAUCAGCUCCAACAAUCUAUGAGCACUUUGCAGGAAGAGUAGAUUUCAUUUCCUCCAAUGGCUCUCUUUUGUUGAAAGAAUUACAAGAGGCAGACAGUGGGAUCUACAAAGCUACUGUCAAUUUGAUAGAAAGUGAUGCCAGGAAAACCAUCCUCACAGUUAUCAAACCUUUGUCUGAGCCUCAGGUGUGGUGCAAUUCCAGCCUCGCAGGCUUCCCCAUCAAAAUAGUCUGUGAUGUUCAGGAAGGAAAAGUGGACAUGUUUUCCUGGGAGAAGGAGGGAGGCCCUCUCCCACCAGAAAGGUGCUACCAGUUGUCUGAAAACCGCAGCGUGCUGCACAUCAUGAAAGGGGAAAAAUCAGACUGUGGCUCCUACUCCUGCAAUGUCAGCAAUGAAAUAAGCUGGAAUAAAACCUCCCUGAACUUGACCAUUAUAGGUGUCUCAUCUUCGCUUGAGCAUGCUCAGACAAUGUCUGGUGCUGCAUUGGUAUUUGCUCUGGUUGCUGUGCUGGGCUUUACUAUUCUGCUCUGUCAAUCAGCAAAGCGAAGAAUCAAGGGAGAAACAUGGAGAUGGCUGUUUGUGUUUAUCCAUGGGCUGGUGUCUCUCUCUUGUGUCCUGCUCUUUGUUGCCAUGGUCAUUUGGAUGCACAAUGAAGGUCCCUCUCCUGCCUUCAUAUUACUUGAGCUUUUCCUUCUGUAUGCAAUAAUAAUAACCAUCCUGGUAAUGGGAACACUGGCAUUGAAGCCAGCAAAGCUCAGUGGAUUCAAAACCAAAAUAUGGCAUCGUGUUAUCCUUGACUCUGCAGCUCCCGGAGCAAUGAUUGCAGUGGUGCUCUUUGCCUGUCUCCUACUCCAAAAAAUCCACCAACUCCAUGAGAGAGGCUGCUCACAACCUGCAGAUCUCACGGGGAGCACAGUCAUCUCAGCAGUUACAGCUCUUCUUGGCCUUCUGUUCCUCUUUAUAUGGUAUCACAAGACUCAAGUUCCCAAGAGAGAAGCAGAAUGCCCUGCUAGAGAACAGGUGCAGGAGCUAAGGGAAAGAACUCAGGAGCAACAGUAAGAAAGAAUAUGUUCUUUGCCAGCCAAGAACUCUACUUCCACCCCAGGCCAGCUCCUGAAGAAGCUACAGACUACUUUGGGCAUCUGUUAUCCUAGGAAGAGCUGACAGUAACACUCCUGUUAAAGCUGCCCAACUAGCACCUUUCAGUAUAAAAGCUUGGGCUUUCAGGUAUGUAGGACAUGACACAAACUUAACCACCAGGGCUAACGUUUUCAUUGCUCAGGUUCCACGCCCUAACUGACAUCUUUCUUUUAAUAACAAUUUCAGCAGAAAAAAGUUUAGGUUAGGGGAAAAAUAGGCACCUUUGCUACUGUUAAUAGGCCCUUCUUAUAGCUUCUCUAAAGCAGAGAUUUGCAACUUGCCAAAGAGUUAGUCCUACACUAAAAUGUGCCUUUUGUUGUAACAUUUAAAGCCAAGCCAUGGGCUCAAGUACAUGAAAAUUGUUUACAAUGCUCAGCAGAACAUGGUGGAGGCUUCCUGGUAAUCUCAGAAUAGUGUGAUAACCACACCACCAGCCCCUUGAGCUAAACUUCCAGAUGGAAGACACACAGCCAGCAUGCUGCUUUGACCUAGGUAAAAAGUACUGGGCUGACAUGGCCUUAAUUAUUAUGGACAGAAUCCCAUUUGACUUUACUACCUAAGGCUAUGAGCAGACAUUGCUUUGUUGUACUACAAUGUGCCCCGGCAAGAGCCGGAAGUCCUGUGGCACCACUUUGGCUACCAAACUGCUGGGUUUUGCCAGGGCUCAGCCAGUGGUAGUGGGAACUCAGGCUCUCACACAGCCGUGACUGCCAGAGCCCCUGGUGCUCUAGCCAUCCUGGUGGCAGUAGCAAGACCCUGCAUGAUUCCCUGAGAGGUUGCUGGGACAGACAGUCAGUAGGUCCUGGUUUAAAUCACAGACCCAGUUCCCUAAUAUCGUGGCCCAAUCAUGGUGGGGGCCACCAUUUUGUGACAAGAUCAUGGCACCCACUCACCCCCCCCGCUGUUUGGCUGAGGGGGCAGGUUUAGGGCCAGGCUUAAUUGCAUCAGCAGAGGCCUUGCUCCCAAGGCCUGUAAUCACUGCUGAAAAGCCCAUGCCCCCUCCCCAUCUUUCUUCCACUUCACUGGAAGAGGCAGGAACAGCAGUAAAACUGUUAGGGGUGGGGCUGGAUAGGGGAGCAACUGUUUGCUUCUCUGGGUAGGAAAAUUGGGACAUGGGGGGUUGGGGGCACCUGGAGGCUGCCUUGGCAGAUAGCCCUGGCACCGGGUAGUGGAGGGUGUGUUUCCUCUUCCACAUGUGUAUUAUCUCCCCCAAGCCCCAGCACCCCCGUUUUUCUGCCUGGAGGAGCAAACAGCCACCCCCUCACCCCCCGCAUGCCAGGGCCAUCUGUCAAAGGAGCCCACAAAUCCCCAUGCCCCAUUUUUCCCACCCAGAGGAGCAUAGAUUCCUUCCCCUACCCAAACUCUCUCUUCCCCCUCUCCCUUUUGCAACCCCCUUCCUGUGUCCCCUGGGCUGCUAGGCUUUUGCUGCUGGCUGGGGAAUGCUUUCCCCAGCUUGAAGCAGCCAUCUUGUUGCAACAAAAUGCCAUAAUAUGGCUGCUUGCUGGGGAAGCCCCCAGCAAGUGGCCAUAAUCGUGGCAUUUUGUUGCAAAUCACAGUUUUCUUGAAAAUCACUUAAUUUUGACAUUUUCCCCAAACAUACAAAGUUGCAACUAAAACCAGGCCCUAACAAUCAGCAAACCAGCCGCCAUCCUUCCCUCCUCCUCAGAAGGGAGCAGGGAAGGGAACAGAGAGCAGAGGAACAUUGGGGGCUAGGGGUCCAAGGCAAGCCACUGCAGCACUGCAUGUAACUAAAUGGACAUAAUUUAUGGAACAUUCCACCAUAACAUUUCCUCUUUGAAAAGGGAACAUUUUUAUGACCGAUCCGCUAUUUUUAUUGCUCUGCAAGUGGCAUGUGCAUCUGUGCACUGACAUUUUAGCACAACAAAGUAGCAGUGCUACAAAUGUAAUGUCUGCCAAUGAAAUGGCAGAUAUGCAACUGGAUAUAUGCUAUUUCUGGCACUUACACACAGUCUGUGAUCUUGUUGUGAUCCUGUAUGCUGCCUGAGCAGGUAUGCAUCUCUAUACAUGUGUACGUGAGCAUAAGUCCUGAAAUCAUAGCCCAACAUAACCAGGGGAAGGCCCUCCCAUGUUUUUACUCAAUAGUUUAGUAGUUAGGGCACUCACUCAGAUAGCAGGAGUCCCAGGGUUAUAAGUUUCCAUCACCCAGGGAAGGCUUGAAAAAUCUCUUUCCAAAUUCCCAGCGUAGUGCUCUAACCACCACAUACAGAUUAAACAUGUUCUGGUCCCUUCUCCAGAACUCUUGAAGCUGAGCCCCUGUACCUUGCGUAUACUAUUCAUCGGAUAAAGUGGCAAGAGAACAGGGUAGUGGGGGAGCAAGGGUCCAAGGGAGAACACAGGACCUGUUCCCUUCCAGGUAGCAGCCAGCUCACUGAAUUGCAUACCCUCUAGUUUAUUCUUUUACUAAUCCCACAUAUUUCCUGCUUGGCUGCCAAGACAGCUAGUUUCAAAAGGUGGGCAAGAGAAGGGACUAAAUAAUGCCUAACCUGUGGCCUAGUGGUCAUGAGUUUUUGCCUGACUAUAAUUAAAAGACUUAUGCUCACCAACUACAUUCCCUAAACUGGAAUAGGAUCCUAGGUUUGCCAAUUCUUAACACUUUCCAUACUGCUUCCCAAAUAGCUGUAUAAUCCACUGUCACUAUGGCCUUCCCCAGUCACGUGUGUGUAUGCAGGACAGGUGCAUCAACACGCUACCAUUAGGUUAAGAAGGAGACAUGCAAACAGUAGGUUUAAACAGUGGCUGGUUCAAGCCCUGGUACUCAUCUGUUUGACAGAGGCUGUCAGUAUGGCUCAGCAUUAUUGAAUUUGAUCCACCACAGCUCAGAAAUAGGAUUUUUCCAGCAUAGCUUUGCAUAGUAAAGUUGCAAAGUCAGGCACUCAAGUUGACAAGUGCCAGUAUGAAGCCAGUAACCUUAAGAUUUAUGAAGCUUUAAAUGGGCUGGGCCCUACACACAAGCGUGAGCGAAGAGCAAACCACUGUAAGUGCCCAGUCUGUUCAUUGAGAACAACCUCCCAGUUGUUCUCAGCAGUCACUUCUCAGCUUUGGAAUUCUCUCUCCCUUGAGGCCCAAAGGUGGACCCUGGGCUGCCUGUACACAUGCUCAUUUGCAUUCUAAUUAGAAUGCCUUGGCAUAGCCUUGAUUAGUUGAGUCUCCUCUGCGGUCUAAUUACAAUGCUCUAGCGUCACCGCUCUGUCACGGGUAUUAAGCUCCUACACAUUUUAAAAUAGCUAUGAGGGGGCUUUAUCUAAACUUCAUCGAAUGAGCUUUAGAUAAAUUAUCCUGCAGCCGUUUUAAAACGUACAGGGACUUAAUAUAUGUAACGGUGAGCCAUUUUAAUUAGAGCAGCUGUUUGGGAAUAUGUAUAUGCCACCUUGAACAUCUUCCAGAAAUUAUGUCAAGGCUUUUUAUUUGGGCAGGUUUUUAGCAGGCCAAGUUAAGUUCUAGGUAUUGUUUUGAACAGUUUGUUUUAUUGGUUAUUGUAUUUUAAUAUUUUUUUAGAACAUUUCUGGUUUUUAUUGUAAGCUUCCCCAAGCCUCUUUGUGGAAGGGCAGCAUAUAAGUCAAAUGAAUACGAUCACACGCUACUCUGAUUACAUGAUCAUACACUACUUCCUUCCUCAUUCUGUGUCCAGGCUGCCAAAAGAAGCAGAGGGCUGUGGAAACUAAACGGCUGUAGCACUUCAAAAGGCCUUGUACAUCUACAGUAUAUUACAGGCAUGCAACUAGUCUGUGUGCUACAAACACAGGACAUGUCUGAAAUGGAAACUUCUCUGUAGCACUGCUGUUUGUAGGGCCACAUGUAAUUGCUUUUUAGUAGAGGUGUGUGAAACGGACUGUAUUCAAUUUGGAUUCACCGAAUCGAGAACAGUAAUUUGAUUUGUUGAUUUGGAGCACUGUCCCUGAUUUGAUUUGACCAAAUCCAAAUCUGAAGGUUCAAUGCUGAUUCAGA